UCAAAAUAUGUCGUAAAGAAACUUUGUCCUGUCACCUGUGAACCAACCUUUUUAAUUAGAAAAAAUUACAAUAUUCUUACGUAAAUAUUAAAGUAAAUUAUAAAAAACAUCAACCCAAUAUGUGGAAUGCUUCGAAGCCGUAUUGAAAUAUGCAUAAUGUAAAAAAAUUACCGAUGUAAUCCACUACAAAGUUGUGCAAAAUCGUUCUCGUAACGAUGCACCCGCGAAAGAAAAGGAAAAAACCUAAUUACCUGAGUCCACAUGCUGAACUUAAAAUCAGAUUUCGUGAGAAAUAAUUUGAGCGCAGCCGGCGUAGGACGUGCGCGUGUUUUUACCUACUGUACUGUGUAACUACAAGUCCUUCAAGAUGCAAGAGUGGUUGAAGAUUACCCUAUUUUUAUGCUUAUUCGGCACACUACGAGAGAUUAGACCCUCAGAACCAUUCGUGACAGAGUUUUUACUGGGAGAAUGGCGCAAUAUCACCGACCAACAACUUAGUCGCGAGGUGUACCCUGUGGGCACAUAUUCUUAUUUCUCCCUUUUGGUUGUUGUUUUUCUCGUAACGGAUUUUCUGCGAUUUAAACCAGUCAUCAUACUUUCUGGUCUAAGUGGCAUAGCCGUGUAUGCUGUGUUACUGUGGACGACAAGUAUAGAAUGGCUCCAGGUAUCUCAAUUCCUGUAUGGCCUGUACAUGGCAACAGAAGUUGCCUAUCUCACAUACAUUUAUGCCAAGGUGCCCUCAGCCAAGUACCCGCUGGUCUCAUCAUACACGCGCGUUGCGGCGCUGGUUGGACGCUUCCUGUCCGGAAUAUCCUCGCAGCUGCUCACACACUUCGGCAUUAUGGACUAUAGGGACCUCAACUAUAUUACAUUUGCAGCCCAGAUACUGGCGACGUUCUGGGCGCUGUGGCUGCCGGCGGUGCCGUACGGGAUCUACUUCCAUCGCCGCUCCGUCGUCAGUGAGCUCCAGCUUGACACACAGUCGCCGGGGAAACAAGCCAACGUUGAUAAGAAAACAAUGGUAUUCCAGCGCCCUCUGCACCGCGACGCGCUAGACGCGGGGUCGCUGAUAGCACGCCAUGCGCGCGCCGCGUACGGCCGCCCGCGCGUGGUCACGUGGUCGCUGCUGUACGCCGCCGCGCUCGCGCUGUUCGUGCAGGUGCAGACGUACAUGCAGGUGCUGUGGGUGGAGAUCAUGAGGGAGACCGGCUCUCAGCUGGCGUUCAACGGUUUCGUGGAGGCGGGGCUAACGCUGCUCGGUGCGGGCGCGGCGCUCGGUGCGGGCGCGGCGCUCGGUGCGGCGUGCGUUCGCCCCGCCCCGCUACCCGCGCCCGCCGCCGCCGUACAAGCGCUUGCAGUGUUCGCAGCCACGUACGCACAGAAUAUUUACGUGUCGUACGUCGGAUAUAUAGUAAUGGGCACGCUGUUUCAUUACACUAUCACGCUCGCAAGUGCAAAAAUAGCCAGUGAACUCUCUGACGAGAGCUGUUUCGGUCUCAUAUUCGGGAUCAACACCCUGGCUGGGACGGGGAUGCAGGCUCUACUUACAUUCAUCCUCCUGCAACAGCUGGAGCUGUCUAUUUCGGCAAUGUAUUUCACUAUAAGCGGUUUAUACUUAAUACUCGCCGCCUGCUGGCUGACGGGCUGUAUGAUCAACUACUUCAGACAAAAACAUACCGCCUUAUAAUGUAUUAAUUAAUACUUGAAAAAAUAAUGGCAAUAAAACGGUAAGCCAAUCAAGCAAAAUGUGCUAUAAUAAUAAUUUGAAAAAAUUUUUAGUUUGAAUAU